ACUUACUGUGGGGAAGUACAUGCGAUAAGCAAUGGUUACAGUGGAAUGCUGCCACAGCUUUGUUUGAAACAAACUGAUUUACCAGCUCAAGAUAACGACGGUGCUUUUUGAAGGCCCAAUAUCUGCUGUAAUGAAACACUCUGAAUUGAACGUGAUUGUGAAAUGCCUUCCAUAACAAGAGUUACUUCAGAAUCGUUUUCGUUUUAAGGGGGCUUAAUUCAGUCAGUCAAAACGUUUGGCAGUUUCGUUUUGUUUUUUUAAGUUCUCUAUUUGUAUAGAGAAACCAAAAAUGAACGUGGUGUGCAGAUCCUAUAACAACAGCCCAAGGAAGUAGAAAGUGGUUACUAUAGCAAUAGUUAGAUUCUCAACUUGCAAAAAUCUGCGUUUUUGGAAGGACAUCAGUCUCUAUAACGGCUUACUACUGAGAUGCCCAGCCUAUUCGCUUGAAAGAGACAUGACCAGGAAGUUAUUAAGAGAGUUCCUGUGUCUGAAGAACAUUCGGACGUUCUUGUCUGCGUGCCUGGACCAGUUCGGGAUGAAGAAAAGCGAGCUCUUUGAGGCCUUUGACCUGUUUGAUGUGCGAGAUUUCGCCAAGGUGAUCGAAGCCCUGUCCAGUUUAUCCUACACUGCGAUCGCACAGAGCCGCGGGGUCUCGCCUUUCCCCACAGAAGAUAGUGUUCCUGAUGAUGAAAUCUACAAUGGAUUAUCUGACCACAUUGAUGACACUGGGGAGGAGGAUGAUGACCUCUAUGACUGCGUGGACGAUGAGAAUAACGAGGGAGACGAGAUCUACGAAGACCUGAUGAGGCACGAUGCCCCAGCAGAGACACAUCAGAAGAUUACCGAGGUAGACAAGCGUCAGUGCUGUCUCCAGGAGAUCCGACAGACAGAGGAGAAAUACACCGAAACCCUGGGAUCCAUCUUAAACCACUUCAUGAAACCUCUUCAGCGCUUCCUGCAACCGAGUGAUAUCGAGAGCAUUUUCAUCAACAUUGAGGAACUGUUUCAAACUCACAGCAGUUUGCUGGAAGAGGUCAGAAGCUCCAUCUUGACAUUCAACGCCGAUAAUCUCUACCAGGUUUUCAUCAAAUACAAGACAAGGUUGCUGCUGUAUGGGGCGUACUGUAGCCAGGUGGAGUCUUCAUCCAAGCACCUGGACAAGGUGGCCAACAUGAGGGAGGAUGUGAGGAUGAAGCUGGAGGAGUGUUCGAAGAGAGCGAACAACGGCAGGUUCACACUGAGAGAUCUGUUGAUGGUACCGAUGCAGCGGGUUCUCAAAUACCACCUGCUUCUACAGGAACUUGUGAAGCACACCUCCAAUGUGACUGAUAAGGAAAACCUGCGCACAGCAUUGGACGCCAUGCGGGAUUUAGCGCAGUGCGUAAACGAAGUGAAGAGAGACAAUGAAAUCCUCAGGCAGAUAACAUCGUUCCAGCUUUCCAUAGAGAACACGACACAGUCCCUGGCUCUCUACGGGAGACCCAAGAUCGACGGAGAACUCAAGAUAUGUGUGGAGAAACGAAAGCAAGACCGGUAUGCGUUUCUGUUCGAUAAAGCCAUGCUUGUCUGCAAAAAGAAAACUAGCGAGUCCAUGGAGCUGAAAGAGACCAUCGAACUGCAGCACUACCAGCUGAGAGACGACCCCUCUGGAGACAAGAAGUGGAGCCACUUGUUCGUCCUGAUAGACACCUACGGGCAGCAGAGCUACGAACUCUACUUCAAAACCAAGGAGCUGAAGAAGAAAUGGCUGGAGCAGUUUGAGAUGGCCAUGUCCAACAUGUACCCGGAGAACAGCACAGCGAACAGCCACGACUUCCAGAUGAACUCCUUCGAGGAAACCACGACCUGCAAGGCCUGUCAGAUGCUCUUGAGGGGGAUCUUUUUCCAAGGCUAUCGCUGCACUCGGUGUAAAGUGGCCGCACACAAGGAGUGUCUCGGGAGAGUGGCAGCAUGUGGAAGGCAUUCAGAUUUGUCUGGCACUUUGAAAAAGAAUAAAAACAACAGAACUACUGUCCAUAGGCCAAAUGAACCAGGUAAGCAAAUAAGCCAAAAAUCUUACCAGAUGUGUAGAAAACCCCGAUUAAGCAAUAAAGAUAGACUGUGGACCCAUUCACAAAGUUUUGUUUUGAACAUUCAGAAGGUUGCUGGAAGAAUGUCACCUACAACUAAUGCAGUUUUCUUGAAUAGAAAAUGUUAGCUGAAAUAUGCCUUGUAUUUCAUUGGCAUUUGGAAAGUAUCAACUAUCUACC